AUGGAUGAGUUGGGGUUUAUGACUUCUGCUGCUGCCAGCCACCAGGGGGCGAUCAAGGGUCUGUUUGGAACCCAGGGAGCUCUGGAGGACGAGGUUGAUCCUCUGGAGACUCGCGCUGAUGACGCGCUGCUCCGCGGGUUGUCAUGGCAACACAACGGGCAGGUCUUCAGCAUCCUGGGCCGGGGGGCUCGGUACCGACCCCCGGGCCGGAGCCAGCCCGGCUCCCCCGUGGUGGUCGUCAGCACCGGGACCGACCCGGGGGUCUCCUCCUCCUCCGCAGACCCGCGCGUCCCCGCGUCCAGCGGCAGCGCGCAAUUACGCACGGUGGCGCGCCGGCGGCCGCAGCAGCAGCAGCCGGCGGAUGGGGACGCGUCUCCGGGGACACGAGAGGACCUGAUGGUGGGAGAUGAUCCGUACAACCCGUACAAGGCCUCCAACUAUUACCCUUAUUACAACUACUACAACUCCUACUACCGACCCCGGACCCGGGCCCACCAGCGGCACGGGUACGGAACCAGCUUCCACCAGCACGGUCUCCCUGAUCUGGUUCCUGACCCCUACUACAUCCAGAUCGGCACCUACGUGCAGAGGAUGUCCAUGUACAACCUGCGCUGUGCUGCCGAGGAGAACUGCCUCGCCUCCUCCUCCAGUUCUGCUCAGGACUACGACACCAGAGUUCUGUUGAGGUUCCCUCAGAGGGUGAAGAACCAGGGGACGGCCGACUUCCUGCCCAGUAAACCUCGAUACUCCUGGGAGUGGCACAGCUGUCAUAAUCACUUCCACAGCAUGGACGAGUUCAGUCUGUACGAGCUGCUGGACGCUGAGAGCCAGGCUCAGGUCGCUGAGGGCCACAAGGCCAGCUUCUGUCUGGAGGACACUUCCUGUGACCCCGGAUAUUAUCGCCGCUUCGCCUGCACCUCACACACUCAGGGUUUGAGUCCAGGCUGCUAUGACACCUACAACGCAGACAUCGACUGUCAGUGGAUCGACAUCACCGACGUCUCACCUGGAAAAUACAUCCUCAAGGUGACAGUGAAUCCCCAGCAGCAGGUUCCAGAAUCCAACUUCAACAACAACGUGGCUCGCUGUGACGUCCAGUUCACCGGCGCCGCCGCUCACGUGUCCGGCUGCACCGUGACCUCGUAA